AGAGAGAGAGAGACCGGUGGAUUUUAUGACGGAUCCGCGGAUGAGCGCGGGUCCGAUCACAUAGCUCGGAUCACCGUACGUGAACAUGGAUGAAACACACUUUACAUAAACACCCACAGCUUUCCAGAUUCGAGGUUGUUUUGUGUGUUGUUUAGCCGUGAAUUUCGCGCCUGACCUGGACAGUUUACCUGCGCGCGUCCCGGAAACAUGGACGGAUCGCCGCGGCGCGACACGAGAACGAGGCUCGUAACCGCCAGGCUGAAUGUGCUUUCACUCCUCAUAUUCACCGAAGUGAUUUGUUCACAGGUUUCAUCAUUGCAGUUCUCUAAAGAGCCCGUGUCUCAGGAUGCUCUUCACGGUCGCAGUGCUAUCUUGCGUUGUGAGGUCACUGAGCCCUCAAGCGUUCAGUAUUCAUGGCUUCAGGACGGCCGGCCCGUUCAGUACUCUGAUCGACGCUUUCAGGAGGGCAGUAAUCUCAAGUUCACAGCAGUUGAUCGUCAUUUGGACGCAGGCAGUUUUCAGUGCGUGGCUUUCAGCAGCAUCACUGGAGACACAGCGACCUCCUCUAAUGCGUUCUUCAAUAUUAAAUGGUUGGAGAGAGGAGCGGUCACUAUGAAUGAGCCCGCCUCAGAGGCGGAGAUAGAGGAGGCUGAACGAAUCAUAUUGCAGUGUCACAUUGAUGGACAUCCACGCCCCAGCACUAAAUGGUUCAAAGAUUCAGUUCAGCUGUCGGCAAAAGAUCGCAUCCUCACGCUCAGUGAGCUCAACCCAGAGGAUUCUGGGAUAUAUUACUGCUGUGCUCAUAACGCUGCAGGUCAAGUCUGCAGUAACCACAACAUUACGCUUAAUAUCAUCGAUAAGUCUCUUCCUCGUGUGGUCGUGGCUCCAGAGGAUCAGGUGGUCUUGAGGAAUGAAGAUGCUGUGUUUCAUUGUCAGUUUAAAGCGAAGCCAGUGCUUGUCAUCGAGUGGAUCCAUAACUCUGAACCCGUUGUGAAUAAAUCACGGAUUGUGGUUUACUCUAACGGCACGCUACACAUCUCUCAGGUCAAGCAGCGUAACACAGGUGUGUAUAAAUGUGUCGCUCGAUAUGGAGACAACAAACAUGUGCAUGUGGACGCUACCCUCAAAAUCUCAGAGAUUGAAGACAUGGGUGUGCGCAUGUCUCGGGUUUUCUCCAAUAACAGUAGAGAGACGGUGAGUUGUGAUCCGCCGUGGGGUCUCCCUGAGCCGGAGGUUUGGUGGGAGCGCGCAGGUGUCCGUGUCCCGUCUGAGGGACGAGUGUAUCAGACAGAUAGAGAUCUGAUCUUUAACCCCACAGACAGAUCAGACACAGGCGUGUACACGUGUGUCGCCCAAAACAAAGCCGGACAGAGACAACAAGAGCUGGAGGUGAUCGUAGCCACGGCUCCAGAAUGGCUGGUUAAACCUCAGGACACACGUAUAGAGGAAGGUCAGGUGGGAUACCUGCACUGCCUCGCUCAGAGCUCACCUGAACCUCGGGUCACAUGGUACCGCAAAACUGUUCCCAUCACUGAGGAGGUCUCUCAUUUUAAGCUUUUCUCUAACGGGACUCUGAUGAUCAACAGCGCUGAUGUGAAUGAUGCUCAGAUCUACAGCUGCGAGUCUAAGAGCCAAGGCGGAUCUCUCACCGGACACGCUCGUGUUUUUAUACUGGAGAAGUUAAAGUUCACCCCCACCCCCCAGCGGUCACAGUGCCUACAGCUCGACCGGGAGAACAGCAUCAGCUGCAUCGCACAGGGACGAGAGACACCAACAAUACUGUGGAGCAGAGCAGAUGGUCGUGCUCUUCCUCCUCGUGUUCAUCAGCUAAAUGGAGUUCUUCAUUUCUCUACAGUGACUCGAGCUGAUGGAGGAAACUACACAUGUGUCGCCUUUAACAGUUUACAGGGAGAAAUCCGAGCUCAUAUAAACCUGACUGUAGGAGUUCAUAUAGAGUUUACAUUGAUGCCUGAGCAGACUACAGUAUAUCAGGGUCACACAGCCGUGUUUCACUGUCAAGCAUCAGGUGAUCCGUCACCGUUCAUCCAGUGGAAACUGAAGGACAAACUGCUACACAACACUCCUGACAGCAGGUUUCAGAAGAUGCCCAAUGGUUCUCUGGUCAUCAGUGAUGUCACUUCAGAUGACACAGGCGUGUACACGUGUAUCGCUGGAAACAGCUGCAACAUCAGAGACACAACAGCACAACUCUAUGUUGUGGAGAAGCCCAUUCACCCUCGUGAUGAAGAUGAGAACAAAAGUCAGUUUAAGAUGUUUCAGACCAUCGCUCUGUCUGUGGCUGUAGCUGUAGCUUACAUCAUCAUCGUGUUGGGUCUCAUGUUUUACUGCAAACAGAGACGAAAAGCCAAACGCCUACAGAAGGACCACACUGCUGAAGAGCCUGAGAUGGAGUGUCUUAAUGGUGGCGCUCUUCAUCACAACGGUCAGUCAGCAGCAGAGAUUCAAGAGGAAAUCCCUUUAACUAACUUCUCAGCUAUAACAUCUAGUGAGAAACAAACUAACCUGACAGAUCAACUGGAGUUUCCCAGAACCCAACUUCAGAUUAUCACCGCUCUGGGUAAAGGUGUGUUUGGUGAGGUGUUUUUGUCUAAAGCGAAGGCCAUUAAGGAGGAUGAGGAGGAGUCGGUGGUGGUUGUGAAGAGUUUAGAGAAUGAAGAGGAGUCGGUCCGGUCAGAGUUCAGACGAGAGAUGGAGAUGUUCAGUAGACUUCAUCACGCUCAUAUCGUCCGGCUGCUGGGAAUCUGCAGAGACUCAGAACCUCAUUACAUGAUACUGGAAUAUGUGGAUCUGGGAGAUCUUAAACAGUUUCUCUGGAUCUCCAAAAGCAAUGCUGCCAAACCGAAAUCCCAUCCCAUCAGCACUAAGACUAAAGUGUCUAUCUGUACCCAGGUGGCUCAUGGGAUGGAGCAUUUAUCCAAACAGCGUUUCGUGCACAAAGAUCUGGCGGCCAGAAACUGUUUAAUCAGCGCACAAAGACGCGUGAAAGUUUCGUCUCUUAGUCUCAGUCAAGACGUCUAUAACGGUGAAUACUAUCACUACAGACAGUCUUUGAUUCCUCUGCGUUGGCUCCCAGCCGAGUCUGUCUUUAAAAAUGACUUCUCCACAAAGUCCGAUGUUUGGGCAUUUGGUGUUCUCAUGUGGGAGGUUUUUAGUCUGGGUGAGCUGCCGUACCCCUCACUUAAUGAUGAAGAUGUGAUGGAAGGUCUUCAGUCUGGAAAACUGAAUCUGUCUCCUCCAGAGAACUGUCCCGCCACAAUCAGCAGUCUGAUGGGUCGCUGUUGGGCAUCCAGCCCUAAAGAGCGGCCCAGUUUCAGCGAGAUUGCCCGGACUCUGGCACAUUUACCCACAGAUACUAAACUUUAAAGUUCAGCACACAUUUCUGUGAUUCAAACCACUCGUCACUGAUAUGAUCACAGACUUGAGAGAGACUCCUGCACAUUUCAGACACUAAAGACUUUUGUCAUGUUCAUGACUGUGAGUGUGCGACAGGUAAAUACACACACACACACACACACACACGUGGAUCCAGAGAGCCUUAAUUAUGGCACAAAUCUUCUGUCCGUGAAACCUCAGGGACCGCUGGAGUCUUCAUCGCAGCCAUUUAAACUUCUGUCAGCGCAGGACAAUCUUCAAUCUCUGACGGGUACAAACACAAACCCUCGUCAGCGGUGAGCGGUACAGAACACUUCACUUCAUCACGUACACAUGUGAGCUUGUGUGUGCAGUCCAUGAUGCGCUCAUGCAUGUUUGCUGGUCAAAAUGUGUAUAAUGUUUUUGACAGCCGAUCAUCUGUAUUAAAGGUGCUGUGUGUAAAAUUUUGCGCCAACCAACAGCUCACCCCUGAGUUUCAAAACACAUACGGAAGCUGCCACAAGACAAACAUUUCGGUCGUCCAUUUAGGGCUACUGUAGAAACAUGAAGGCAACUUCUAUAUAAGAUGACCCGCGGUGUAUGGAGAUAAAACGUCUCAUUCUAAGUUAAUUAAAACAAUAAAGUUCAUUAUGUAAGGUCUUUAUACACCACUGAUAAUAUAGUUAUGUGGAUUUAUUGCGUUUUUUAUCAAGAGAUCCUCCUAAAAGUUACACAAUACACCUUUAAAUAACAGUUGAUGUUUAGUAUCCAUGCAGCUCAAUGUGACCGAGACGAGCCAUCUAAAGUUCAACAAAAUAUCCUGUUGUGGUCGCACCUGAAGCGAAGGUCAGAAACUCUAAUGAACAAGGUCAAAAACGUUUAAACUCGUAUGUUUGUUAGGACGCAGUCAGAAAGCUUCUUUAGUGGAGAAUUAUUAUGAAAUAAUGAUGCUAUUAGAGACCGAAAUUCAGAGCUGUAAUCCAAUUCAUCUUUACUGUACGCUGCUGAGUAAUGUGUGUGUAUGUGUCAGAUAUAGAGAUGAAACGAUAUGAACAUUUUACAUCACGGUUAUAGUGACCAAAAUCACCAUGGUUAUCAAUAUUAGCAUGGUUUUGUGAACAAUUUCUGAAAUGUAAAAAAAGUUCUGAUGCAAACCAAAUGUAAGAUUGAUAUUACAUGUAAGUGCAAUUUUGUUUUCAUAAACAUCAAAUAAAUAACAUUAAGAUUAAUCAGGGCACAUAUGGGGAUAAAUGUUCAUCUAGUUCAGAUAAAACACAAGUGAGGUAAUCAGAUUUUCAUAAAAAACACAAAUCAUCAAGUCAUCUGUCUGCUUAUGGUAUGAUAAAUCAGGUGAACUUUGACCCAGGAGUAAAGCAGCACGACGCCUGAGCUCACAGCAAUCACUGAAGAAACAAACAAGAGCUUUAAACUCAUCACAUCAUUUCAUGGAGAAUGAAGAGAAAAGAUGGAUCUGUCUAAAGAAAUAUUGAGUAAACAUUCGUCAGUACAACUAGAUUUCUCUAAAUGUGAAAAUGUUUUGGAUUUAAAUUUAGUCAUCAAAAACACAUGAGAGCAGACGUGAAUGAAUCUGUUUGUCUCACGUUAUUGCUUAAAUUGGUUGAUGCUGGACAGGAGUUUGAGAGCCGUGACAUUGGCACAGUUAAGCUGUAAUUAAAAAAUCAUGCAGUAAUACUAACUGUUGGACAUUAUUAUCACGGUUAACCAUUAAACGUUACAUUUCUAGUCAGAUACAAAAUAAUUGAUCAGGGUUGUUUCUGAGGAAAUGUAUAUUGAGGUGCUGAUAUUAUUGUAAUAAAUAAAUAUGCAAUGCCUUAAAUUGCAAAUAUUCCUAAGCCAUAAAUAAUAAUUAAUCACAUUUAUUAUCCCUCUUUCUAGUUUAAUUGAUAAAAAUACAUUUAUUUCUACACAUUAUUUUGUAGUUUUGCCUGUUGUAGAGAUUCCACACCUGUAGUCGACUGUUAUGUGUAAAUGUGUAAUGAUUUUUAUAUAUAGUAGUUGGGAUGAAGUGUAUGUAUGUAUGUAUGGAGGUUGUUGUUUAUCAUGAAAGUGUUUGUUUAUAGUAAACACAUGCAUGACUUCACCAGGCAGGUGUAUUAAAUAAUAUAACCGGUCAAUACUGACGUUUACUUCAAGUGCCUGGAAAAUGAAGGAAUUAUUUGCUGUUUUUUUACAGUAUGUUUUUAAUGCAGUUGAUUCCUGUCACUGUGUUUAAGACGCCUUUUCUAAAAAUCUUGUGUUUUUCUUCUUCUUAUUUUUCUAUAUGAGUACAAAAACACUGUAUGUUGAUAUUUGUUUUGUGUUUUUAAAACACUUGUACCUGAACGGUUUUGUACUUUGCUUUAGUAAAGGUCACAGAUAUACUGUAUGCUGCUCUUAUUAAACAUUCAUGUUUUUAACA